GCUCUAAUGAAAAAGAUCAAUAUACACUUGAAAUUCGGCAUUAUAUAUAUUAUGUACACGCCUAGCCCGUUAUGGGACACUUUCAGCCGGUGGUAGGGGUCCCUAACUUGGAGCUUUACCUCAAAGUGAGUCUAUCCACAUUCACAAGGUGAUAGUUUGAAUCAAUCAAUCACGUGUGGCAACUACCAUUUGACCUCUGGAAAGUAAAUUACAGUGAGUCUAUUAUGACUUCAAACCACUAUAAUGUACUUUCUAAAAAGAAAUGAAGGAAAGGCUGCAUUUAGGAGUGAUUGGCUAACUAGAAAUAUCGUAAGAUAAGAAAGAUCGUAAGUAACAGCAAAAGCCAUAGCACAGCUUUUUUUUUCAUUUGAAUUUUUCUUACAUUCUACGUUCCCGACACGGAUCCUAUUAAAUAUUUUACAUUUUCUAUGAUCAUCUCUAUUUCAGGUAUUCGGGGAAUCCUCCUUAAUAGACGAAAUAUUCCUAUUAUGUCAAUGCCAAUUGAAUCAAUGUUAUUAGCUGUGAAUUCGAACUUUUUGGUAUUUUCCGUUUCUUCGGAUGAUAUGAUGGGUCAAUCAUUUGCUUCAUUGGUUUCAACGGUGGCAGCUGCGGAAUCUGCUAUUGGGUUAGCCAUUUUCGUUAUUACUUUCCGAGUCCGAGGGACUAUUGCUGUAGAAUCUAUUAAUAGCAUUCAAGGGUCAGGGCCUUUCUCGCUGGGCGAAUUAAGUUCCACGAAUAUGCAGGCUAGAAAGAUGCUAUUUGCUGCUAUUCUAUCUAUUUGUGCAUCAAGUUCGAAGAAGAUCUCAAUCUAUAAUGAAGAAAUGAUAGUAGCUCGUUGUUUUAUAGGCUUUAUCAUAUUCAGUCGGAAGAGUUUAGGAAAGACUUUCAAAAUGACUCUCGACGGGAGAAUCCAGGCUAUUCAGGAAGAAUCGCAGCAAUUCCCCAAUCCUAACGAAGUAGUUCCUCCGGAAUCCAAUGAACAACAACGAUUACUUAGGAUCAGCUUGCGAAUUUGUGGCACCGUAGUAGAAUCAUUACCAAUGGCACGCUGUGCGCCUAAGUGCGAAAAGACAGUGCAAGCUUUCUUAUGCCGAAACCUAAAUGUUAAGUCAGCAACACUUCCAAAUGCCACUUCUUCCCGUCGCAUCCGUCUUCAGGACGAUCUAGUCACAGGUUUUCACUUCUCAGUGAGUGAAAGAUUUGUCCCCGGGUCUACGUUGAAAGUUUCUAUAGUAGAACUCAUUCGAGAGGGCUUGGGGGUCUUAAAAAUGGUUCGGGUGGGGGGUUCUCUUAAGAAUAAAGAAGACGAAUAGAAUCUAAUUCAUGUUCACAGAAGAGCGGAUCCAAUACCAAGACGACUUCUUUCUCAGGAAGUGCAGCAAGUACUUGAGAAAUUCUGGAAUAUCAUGCCCCACGACAGAUAUACUUACCGACAAGAUCAAUAGUAGAAGAAGGAAGGCAAUGCGCCGGUGCCUUGGGGCAGAAGCUUCGGUUUGCUUUAGUUUAAGGAAAAUGCAUCUCAUGCCAUGGUUCUUGUUUGCGUAUCCGCGGUUGGUCAACUAUUAGUUUCCGCUGCAAGUGCUUGAGAAUGAAUACGAGUAGGAGCUGUGAUCUUAGCAAUUAAAUCAGAGUAAGCUGUUCUCGAAUUUCAUUACCUUGAGGUUUGGAUUGCAGCAGGUCUAAUAGUCGACGAAAGGACAACAGUUUUCAGGUUUAAAAGAAUUUCAUCCCUAUCCCUUUCAUCCAAGCCAAUUGAAUUAGUAACCGAUGCUAGAAAGGGAACUUUAAAAGGAUGAGCGCGCUAGCGCGAAAGCCG